CCCCCUGCCAGGGUCUCUGUAGAGUAGCGGACGCGCCGGCUUUGAGCAUCCCUGGCGCAGCAGGCGGGAGGCCUCGGGCCUGCGGCGACGGCGACCGCAGCUUUGCCCGCCCUCGGCAUGGCCAGCUCCGGAGAGGACACGUUCAGUGAUGGUGAUGCACCCCCUGUGUCGACCACAAUGACGAGUGGUGCCCACUUGCUGGGCUUCUCAGACGAGAUCCUCCUGCACAUCCUGAGCCACGUGCCCAGCACAGACCUGGUUCUCAGUGUGCGGCGCACCUGCCGGAAGCUUGCAGCGCUCUGCCUGGACAAGAGCCUAACCCACACAGUACUGCUGCAGAAGGACUAUGAGGUGAACGAGGACAAGGUGAAGCAGCUUGUGAAGGACAUCGGCCGGGAGAUCCAGCAGCUCAACCUGGCCGGCUGCUAUUGGCUGCCGGGCUCCACCAUCGAGCACGUGGCCCGCUGCCGCAGCCUGGUGAAGGUGAACCUCUCGGGCUGCCACCUGACCUCCCUGCGCCUCUCCAAGAUGCUGUCAGCCCUGCAGCGCCUGCGCUCCCUGGCCAUCGACGUGAGCCCAGGCUUCGAUGCCAGCCAGCUGAGCGGUGAGUGCAAGGCCACGUUAAGUCGCGUGCGGGAGCUCAAGCAGACGCUGUACACGCCCUCCUAUGGCGUGGUCCCCUGCUGCACGAGCCUUGAGAAGCUGCUGCUCUACUUUGAGAUUCUGGACCGCACUCGUGAGGGUGCCAUCCUCUCAGGCCAGCUCAUGGUGGGCCAGAGCAAUGUGCCUCACUACCAGAACCUGCGGGUCUUCUAUGCCCGCCUGGCCCCUGGCUACAUCAACCAGGAGGUGGUGCGGCUCUACCUGGCUGUGCUCAGUGACCGCACACCUGAGAACCUGCACGCCUUCCUCAUCUCUGUGCCUGGCAGCUUUGCUGAGAGUGGGGCCACCAAGAACCUCCUGGACUCCAUGGCCCGCAAUGUUAAGCUGGACGCCUUGCAGCUGCCCAAGGCCUGGCUCAAUGGCUCAUCCCUCCUCCAGCAUAUGAAGUUCAACAAUCCCUUUUACUUCAGCUUCAGCCGCUGCACCCUGUCCGGUGGCCAUCUGAUCCAGCGGGUCAUCAAUGGCGGGAAGGACCUCCGGAGCCUGGCCAGCCUGAACCUCAGUGGCUGCGUCCACUGCCUGUCCCCGGAUGCCCUGCUCCGCAAGGCAGAGGAUGAUAUCGACAGCAGUAUCCUGGAGGUGCUUGUGGCAUCCUGCUGUAACUUGCAGCACCUCAACCUCUCGGCCGCCCACCACCACAGCUCCGAGGGCCCGGGUAGGCACCUGUGCCAGCUGCUGGCCCGGCUGCGCCACCUGCGCUCCCUGUCCCUGCCCGUCUGCUCUGUCGCCGACUCUGCGCCACGGGCUGACCGUGCUCCUGCCCAGCCUGCCAUGCACGCUGUGCCCCGUGGCUUUGGCAAGAAGGUCCGUGUCGGCGUGCAGUUGUGUCCCAGCCCCUUCUCUGGGCAUGCGGGCCCUCAGCCCUCCUCCGUGUUCUGGUCUCUGCUGAAGAAUGUGCCCUUUCUGGAACGCCUCGAGCUGAUUGGGUCCAGCUUCUCCUCUGCCAUGCCUCGCAAUGAACCCGCCAUCCGCAACUCCCUUCCGCCCUGCAGCCGGGCACAGAGCGUUGGGGACUCAGAGGUGGCCGCUAUCGGCCAGCUGGCAUUCCUGAGGCACCUGACAUUGGCCCAGCUGCCCAGUAUCCUCACGGGCUCCGGGCUGGUCAGCAUCGGCCUGCAGUGCCAGCAGCUCCAGUCCCUUUCUCUGGCCAACCUGGGCAUGAUGGGGAAGGUGGUCUACAUGUCUGCCCUCUCAGACAUGUUGAAGCAUUGCAAGCGGCUGAAGGACCUCAGGCUCGAGCAGCCCUACUUCAGCGCCAACACGCAGUUCUUCCAGGCGCUGAGCCAGUGCUCCGCGCUGCAGCGCCUGUGCCUGGUCUCCCGCAGCGGCACCCUGCAGCCCGAGGCCGUGCUGGCCUUCAUGGCCCGCUGCCUGCACGUCGUUGUGUGCCACAUGUUCACCGGGGAGUCACUCGCCACCUGCAAGAGCCUGCAGCAGACCCUCCUGCGAAGUUUCCAGGCCGAGCGGCCCGCGUUGAACGUCGUCAUCUUCCCUCUGCUCCAUGAGGGCCUGACUGAUGUUAUCCGGGACGUCCCCAUGGUGCACCUGGAUGAGAUCACCUUAUUUAAAAGCAGAGUGGCUGAGGAGCCCCCAAACCUGUGGUGGUGACAGGGACAGCUAGCCCUGGCCUUCUGCCUGCCGCCCACUAUCUCUGUCAGUCUCUGUGGCAAGGAGGCAGGGCUGCCCUGGACAGGCAUGUGGCCUCCGGCCCCUGCUUCGGCCACCUCUACUCCUCGCUGCCUGUCUGAAGACCUCCGGAGCCUGCUGGGCACCAGGACCCCUUGGUGGGUCACGAGGAAGGAGGCCCCCUUCCCGGCCAUCUGGCACCCCCACCUGGCCUCCCCGGGGGCUUCUGAGGCUUCCUCUCCUGAGGACUCGUCGCUCAGUGGCGUUUGGGUUCAGAUGGUGAGGAGCACGAGGUGAGAGAGCCCGCUGUCGGGUGUUCUGGGGCCUGGCCCUGGGUGUUUUUGAACUGCCAGGUUCCCACAAUGCCACAGGCCCAGUGCUGCUCCUCGCCUUAGCCCCUGGGAGUCCCUUUGCUCACCUGUUCCUGGUCGCCUGCCCCGAACCCCGUGGAGGGGAGCCUGGGACUGGGGCUGGCUGUGCACACAGGAGACGUGCUAACCCUAGACGACAUCCACACUGAGCAUGAUGGGAGGCCGGUGGCCGCGUGCCAAGAGCCCCUUUCCUCAGGCAGCCGUGAAUGAGGAGCCCACAUCGCAGAUUUGGGGCUUUCCUUGCCAAUGAGACACGUUUUAACCUGGUUACAUCUCUGAUAUGUUUCCAGCCGGAUGAUGUCAGAGAAGUUAAGGACCACUGGCCAGGCAGGGUCGCCCCUGGGACUGGGAUUGCUGGUCGGGGCCCAGGAGUGGGGCCUGCUAUGGUAGUUGAUGGAAUCCAGCUUUAGGAAUUGUGAGGAUCUGUGUUUCUGGGGAAAUAUAGGUAUCCCUGGCUUCAUUACAAGAACUUGAAAUAUUAAAACCCAGAAAGAAUGUUUAAGGCCAGAGUAGUGGUCUAAGUACCAUUUCAGAUAGCUUUAUUUAGCACUUUAAAAAAGUUAAACACAGCUUUUCCAAAAAUGAGAACUGCCUCCCAGUGUCCAGGGCCUAGCCCUUUGCUGAUCCCACUGCCUCUGUCUGCUCAGCUGUGACCCCCAGAACCACCAUCCCUCCAUCCCCUUGGCUGGUCGGCUUGGGGGGCCAUGGGUGGGUUCCCUCCACCUGGAGUCCUGACCCGGCUGCUCUCAGAAGUGCUCCAGGAGGUUUCCCAGGAAUGUUGGACAUUAUCAGGGCCACCUUGGUCUCCAAAGAGGCCUGACCCCAGCAUCCCCGUGGGGCUGUGCCUCUCACCCUGGCCUCCCUCACUCUCUGGGCUGAGGGUGUGGAGCCCACCAGGCCCUGCUCUCACUCCUGGUGCCUAUCCUAGCUCUGUGGCCCCUGACCCACCUGUCUGCCUACUGUUCCCAUGGUGACAGUCGCCUGAUCUGUAGCAUGUCCUGUCAUUUACCUAUUAAAGCACCUGUGGCCCUGGGCAUACAUUUGCCUGCCCUUCCCUGGGUUCUCAAGGGGCAAACAGUUCAGCAGCCUCCUACCCCCAGGCCAAGGGGGUCCAGGAGGCCUCCUGUUGGUGGCUGUAGGAACCGAGCACUCCUGGGGUCAGGCCCUGAAGGAACCCAGUGUGGCAGAUCCAUGGUCCCGAGGCUCUGGCUCUGCUGGUCUCCCCUGAUUGAGUGGCCAGGGUGUCUGCAGGCUAGAGUGGGGAGUGCCCUUCCCCUCUCCCCAGUUUUCUGGCUGUGGGUGCGGUUAGCUCUGCUCUGGAGCAUAAGGGUCCCUCUCCCUGCCCUGGGCUGCACCUGGCGGCUCUUCAUCUCCUGGCCAGGCUGGUCUGCAGGCUUCCUCCAGGUGAAUGGAGGUUACCUUCGAGGUCCCAACUCAGUCUGAGAGCCACAACCUGGGUCCCAUCUCUUCCUGGCCUUGCAGGCUGAGGGGUGGGCUGCCUUGGGCCCCAGGGAGUCAGGGCUGGGGUCCCUUUAGGGCCACACAGCUGUGGAUAAGGGUCUGAGGGGCUGUGGGAGCACCUUCCCACCCCAGUUUCUAGACAUCUCCUUCAGAUGGUUUCUGGAGACCACCAGGCAAGGGUGCUGGGAAGGGGGUAUGGGGACUGUCCUCAAAACAAAGGUGUGACCUGUUGCAGCCUGACUGGGAGGGGGAUGUAGCCCAGGAGCCAGGCAGUUGGCCUGUCUGGCCCCAGGGUCCCCAUGGGCCAGGCCAUGUCUACGCUUGGGGGCUAGGGUAGUUCUGGUUACCUGUCUCCAUCCUUUCAGAGCAACCUGCUCUUUGGCCAGGGAAUUAUCUUCUGCUGGGAAUUUACCCAGGGUCUGUGACUGUCCACACUCUCACUCGAUGGCCUGUUCUCAUGAGCAAGCAGUUUUCACCAGCAAAAUUAUUUAUGCCAGCAAGUAGGGCUGGGAGGUGCCAUUCAUAAGAGGCUGGGGGUGUGAGCUGCCUUGGAAAGCAGCUUCCAAACAGUGGACCCUGCAUUUUUAGGGUCCCCUGCAACCAUCCUUCUACUUAGAGCAAGAAUUUCUGCUGCUUCCACACCCAAGACAGGAUUCACCAGAUGUUAAUAAUGUGCUUAUUCUUGCUAAGUGCUGUUUUGGCACCGGUGUUAAUUGCAAUUUAUAUUCUGCAUCAUUUUUUGCUGGGGAAAGAACCCACCCUAAAGGUCCCCAAUUGGCAGAACUGGGCUUUUAAGCAGCGAACCAUAUGCUGCUGCCGAGAGGGGCCUGGGCAGCACUGGGGCCUGCGUGUGUGUGUGCAUGGUGCCUGGUGCGUGUCUGGGUGUGUGCACACGAAUGUCUGCUGUGUACAUGUGCACAACUGGUGUGAUUGUCUUAUGUAUGUAUAUGCAUGUGUGUGCAUGUGCACAUGUAAGAGACACACCACCACACGGGUAAGGGGGGAUGGGAAGGAGGAGGGAGGGAUCAGGGCAUUUAUCCCUGUGUGAAAGGAGAAGCCCCUGAGCCCCCAGCUGCCCUCCUGCCAUGCUCCACCCGAUCCUUUCGGUCCUUUGGCUCUACCUGCUCCGGGCUCCAGCUCUGCUGCCACACUGCCGUGCAGCCUGGCCACAGGUCUGAAGUGCUCCCCAGGGGAGGAAGCUUGAGCCCAAGGAAAGCAGAGCCCUGCAGGCUCCCUGCUUUGCUAUCUGGCUUUUCUCAUUUUCAUGAGCAAGUUUUUUUUUUUUCUAGGCCCAAGGAGGCUGGAUUAGGGACACUUUGUCUUGUGAUGAGGGUUUUAUUCCUGUGUGUCCGGUGCCCUUCAGGGGCCAGAGGGACACAGAUCUUAGCCCAUUUGCGCUUGCUGGGAGGUUUCUUCCUGUCGUGAUCCCUGGGACUGACCCUCCCCCCACCCCCCAGCUCUGCAGGGCUGGUGGUUGAGGACGGCACUCUCUUAACUGGCCCUGUGCCAGGAGGCGCUGCAGGCCACUAGGUGCAGAUGGAAGUGUGGAGGCCUGGCUGGGAAAGCUGGGCCAGGGGAGCAGGGCUGCGGGAGCUGAGGGGUCUGGGCCUCUGUUGGCUGAUGACAGUGUGAAACCAGUACAGGCAGCCUGUGACCCCUGGGCAGGUGGAGGUUCCCAAGACCCCUUCCUUCUGCCUGGCAAGAUGGCACCCUGCCCUGUGGACAUGCCCUGGCCUCUCAGCUGCCAUGGGGCUCAGGCAGCCCCUGCUUCUCUUGCCCUUGUUAAUGCACUCCUUUUCAAUUUGAAAAUUGCUGAGACCUUGUAAGAAAAAUAGUGAGAAAUAAAUUAGUGGAUUAAGACACACCAUGGCUGUUGGCAGUGUGUUUCAGCCAUAAACCUGAGGCGAGGGAGAUGGAGACCUCCUGUGGGUAUGAUGGAGACAUGACGGGGUGCAGGUACACUGUGGUUGUGGCCUCAUCCCUGAGCACCCCCAUCCCCCAUCUAUCCCGUCCCUUUGCCAGAAAAGGGACCAGAUUGUACAAGAGGGCACCCCUUGUGAUGGUCAUUGGCCUCAUCUGUGUUCAGGGCACAGGCUUCUAAUUAGAAGUUUCCAAGACUGGGCUUAAUGAACAAAUACCCACAGAAGUUAAAAAAAUUGUCCCACACAGGCUGGCCAGUGUUGUCCAAAUGUUCCUUUGUAAAGCCCUUUCAAAACCUACCAAAGUGUGGGUUUAGCACUAAUGUCACAGGGUCAGGGCACCUGCUGCGUCCCACUCCAGGCCAGCUGGUCCGAGGGAAUGUGGAUGAUCCAGGGCGGCUUGUCAGCCGCAUGUCAUGUUGUCACGGAGUCGAGGCCGGGCCCUGGGAGACUGGUCAGAGCAGAAGCUGCUGCUCUGUUCCCCCUGGGGGCCUGGCUUCCUGCUGACCCCAGUGGUGUGAGCUGAGGCCUCCCUGCUGUGCUCCUGGCUGGCCAGUGGCCAGGGGUCGGGGGGUGAGAGGUAGUUUCAGCAGGUGUGCAGUGGGCACUGACACCAGGCUGUUGGCCCCAGCGCGGGCUGCCCCUCUAAGCACUGGCUGUCCACAUGGCGCUCUAGCUCCAAACAGCUGGGCUCAGCAUGUUAUUAAGGGGUAGGGGUGCAUUCGCCUGGGGGUCUCAUGGUAUAUGGUGACCAGGUGCUAAAUGCUCUCCCUUUCCAUGGCAGACCACCUCAUCUGUCUGGUGAUGCUCACUCCUGAAUUUUGUGUUCAAACUACAUUUUGAAUGGGUAUUUUCAUGUAAAUAUGUGGCAUGUGAAAAAUUUCAAAUAAAGUGGAUGAUUUAGAAAACCA